GCGAAAUAAGAUGGCGGCGUUCAGCCGAUAAACAUUUUGAGUUUAAAGAGCGUAAAACUGAUUUUAGCUUCAACAUUAUGGGAAAGACAAAAGCAAAGAAACGUUCCUUUUUUAGGAACAGGCCUACAGGCCUUCCGAGUGUGAAGGAAGCGCAAAGGGAAGAAGAAAAUAAUGCUGAUGUCGUUGUAAAGACUUUACCCUUGAUGGAAAAGGUAAAUACAACUGAAGAUAAAAUCUUCCUUGGCUCAGAUUAAUAAUUGCUUUAUUUAAAUACCCCGCCUCUGAGCCUUUGAGUCUCUUAACAAUUUGCUGGCUUUUUUUUCCAUGGGAUAUGUUAUUACUGGGGCGCAGGAGUUGUUCAAAAGACACACGUCUUAAUUCACGGUUUUCACAGUCACGCCAUCAAAAAUAUAAAUGCAAACCAUUCAGUACACAAAGUCUAGAAUCUGGGAAAUGAAAGAAGAUAAGUAUACAAACAGCCCUGCCAAGAAUCAGGUCUGUGCAAUAUUUCGUAUGCGAGAUAUUCAGAAAAACGUUUUACCCAAAUUAAUAAGGCUUUGUAUGGAAAUGCUAUGUUGCUGUCCCUUUCAGGGACACCAAUAUGGCCGCCGGAAACCAGCAGAAACAUCUGUUUUUGAGUUUUCCUGCUAAUGCGUGAAUUCUUCGCUUGAGGAAUUCAUAAAGAUUAAGUAAUAUUUAUUGUGAGACAAGAAAUGUUUAGAUAGCCAAAUCUCCCAAAAUCAGUAACAUUUUUAACCCACAUAAGAGCUUCCCUGGCUGUCAGCGGAAUGCCGUGUCAUGCAAAAGCCUGGAAAUUCAAGCAUCCUUUAUCUCUUUAAGAAAAACCCUUUCGAACCGAAAAUUUGUUUAUAUAAAUAUGUAUUUAGGUACUGUAAUACCUCAUGAACGUAGAAACUCAGAAGAAUCGAUAGUUUCCAAGUUUGAAUUUUGGUGACGUCAUGUGAAAACCCGAGAAUUGAUGGUUUAGUGUGUAUUUUACAAGUUAAGCUGUAUUUUGGCUUGAACAGUGAGGAAUUUUGAAAAGUUGGUGAAGGUUUAGAGUAAAUUGGGGAAGGACAUUGUAUUUGUUUGGCUUAAUCUGUGCUAGAUUGAAAAUUGCCAGUUAAAUACUACUUUUUUAACCUCUGGUUGGUCACCACAUUAAGGCUGAGGUCUGAGAUUUCCCUGUAAUGACUGAAUGGACAAGGUUAAUAAGUUAUUUAUUAUAUAGCCGUUUCAUCAUUUACCUGAGUCUGCGAUCAAUAAUAAGUAUGAUUAAAACCAGUAACUAUAAUUUAAAAAAACACAUCUCCACAAUGAAUUGUACUCUUGAGCCCACGAUACAUUCAUGUGACACUGGUCAGCAGAUACACUUUUUGACAGCUGUCAAUUGAAAAUAACAAGGAUGUCCACAAGGAUGUCCACUAUCAAGUUAAACACAGAUUGUAUAUGCCUUAGACAUCUAGUUAGUAAUGCCCGGUCAUUACAAGAAAAUAAUAAUGACUGUUCAUUACAAGAAAACAGCCAAUCAGAGUGCAAAUACUGUUGAAGCUUUAUAAUAAAGAGCUAUAUUCCAGUAUAUUGUAGUGUCUAUUUCUAAAUUUUCAUGGCCGUUGUCCAUCUUAGCUAACAAGUGCAAAUCCAUGUGAGCGUGAGUGUGCCUGUGCAGGCCUGGCAAAUUUGGUGUUUGAUCCAGGAGCCAUUCCAUCGCUUCUUCAGCAAGAUAUUGUACGACGGCUUGGACCAUUGUUGAUUGACUGCAACAGAGCAAUACAGGAGGGUGCUGCAGGAGCUUUGAGGUAAAAAAAUGUAAAAGAAGAAAAACUUCUAAACAGAUGUAGAAAUAUAUAACAAAAAUAAAAAUAAUAAUGAUAAUAUAGAACUUAUAUCUGCCUAUGGGGAUGUGAAUGGUGUUGGGUAUAUCCCGAGAUGCGAGGCAUUGAUUUAUGUAUCUAGCACUUUGCACCCAUGCUGAGAGGGAUGGUUGUUUUAAUAUUUGCCGAAUCAGUUGGAUAAAAAUGAACAUUCAAGUAAUUGUUUAAAUAAAACAUGUCACUUAACAAAAAUUAUUGUCUUAUAUGCAUCAGUAUGCCUAUGUCGAGAUAUGAAACAUGCAGGAAGUUUGGAGAGGAUGAAAGAGGUGUUAUAGUUACCUGAGGUGGAUCUGAGAGCAACUCUAGCCUCUUGAGAGGAUCUAAUUAAAGGGCUUUGACUGGCAAAAUUUGGUGUUAUGGAUCGGUGGUUGCUUAUGGGAGGUGGUGGCGUUUGAGAUGUGGUCACACAUGUAGGGUUGACCAUAUUAUUACAGUAGAACCCUGAUAACUCGAACCUGGAUAACUUGAACUAUUAAAACUGGAACUGAGUCCUAUUUCCCUUGGAUUUCACCCCAGUUUUCAGUCGUUUUUACUCAGUUAACUCAAACUCAGAUUACUCGAAUUCCCCUCUAACUCAAACUAAAUUUCCUUUCCUUGAUCAAAAUUUCACUGAAAUUUACCCCAAUAAUUCAAAUUUUGGUUCUUGUUACCCCACUCAGAUGCCAUCCCAUUAGCUGUUCGUGUUGUGUAAUGGGUAAAAACACGAAAACUAACUGUGAAUCAAUUUGAUUUUAAUUGGUGCAACAAACAGAUCGCAUUCGAUCAUAAAAAUGCAUAAUCAUGUUACCGUUCUUGAUGAAAUAAGCAACUUUGCUCUGUACUAUGCACACUGAAGUGCUGAAAAAUCAGUAUUAUCAAUAUUAUUAAAGUGGCGAAUUGAAAAUUCAAUUGAUCUCGAUAACUCGAACCCCUGCUAACUCAAAGUGUUUCUUAUUUCCCUUCAGAGUUUGAGUUACUGGGUUUCUACCGUCAUAAUGUUAAUAAAUUACAAUAGUAAAUAAUAAUUAUUGUUUUCAUAAUUAUAUGAAUGUUAUCAUUCAUGUUAUGAUCAUUUAAAGACAGUGUCAAUACUUUGCAGGAAUCUAAGCCUCGGAGGUGGCCCUGAUGUGUGUGUCAAAAUGGUUGAACAAGAUAUCAUGACUCCUCUUACUACUUUUGUGCGACAGGUACAGUAUGUGCAUGCCAAUUUACGUUGACAAUAGUAGUGAUAUUUUUAUUAUAGCCAAACCAUCAAAUUUUGUCUGUAAACACCAUCAUAUUCUUUAUAUUUCAGUCUCUUGAUGCUUUGGGUGCUAUAAAUGAGAGUACAGGCAAUUCAGAGUUUAAAAGGCAGUCAACAAGCUUAGCAAUACAGGCUGUAAGCUUACUGUGGAAUCUUUGGUGAGUAAGGUUAUCUUAAUAUCAAAUCAUGAGAUAAGGUUUUCAUUUUCAGUCGCAGUGGCCAAUACAAAGUACAAAAUGCAGCGUGAUAAUAAUAAAACAAAUUUGAUAAUAAAAAAAUAUGGGAAGUGCCUUAGAUUUUAGUGAACUAAUAACUUGAAAAAUCAUCUUGUUUAUAUUUUUAAUGACUAUUUUUUCUUUAAAGUGAGAGCAGUGGUACAGCAGUGGAAAUUUUUAACAGUCAAGGACUUCUUCCUUACCUUGUUUCAAGCCUAAAAACUGAUCUUUAUCCAACAACUGUUGCUAUUCCAGCUGGUGAGGUUUUCUGCAAGUCUAAGUAGUUUUGUACAUCUUUUAUGAUCAUUUAGUAACUAUCCUGUCAAUUUUAAUAGAUUAUAACUAAUUAGAAUUAAUUUUGUCAACAGAAUAUUUUAGAUUUUCUGACUAUAUUAAAAAUGCAGAUUAUUAAAAAAUAAGAUGAUUUAUUAUUGUUAUUUAUAGCAUAUUGAGGUUUAGAUUUUUUACGGGAUUUAAACUUUUUUUUUGUUUUUAAACUUCAGAAAACAUUUUCUGGAUGAUUUUCUGCACGACCUUCAUCAUGAAACCCUGUAGAACAGUGGCAAGAAAGAGAAUACCUAACUUUUAACCAACUUUGCCAAAAUCAAAGAGUUUUUCCCAAAGUGACCUGACUUUUCUCUGGCCUUGAUUAGGGUGUUAUAAUGCGGACCCCCCAUUACCAUGAAGAAAUUACAUAGUUCCAUACAACCAAAAGAGUUUUUCCUAAUUUUUCAUAAAGUGACCUGACUUAUUUUUGGCCUUGAUUAGGGUGUUAUAAUGCGGACCCCCCAUUACCAUGAAGAGAUUACUUAGUUCGAUACAACCAAACUUCAUACAUUCUGUACCUCAGUCAACAAUAUAAGCACCUGUGGAUAAUAAGGCUUCCACAAAAUGUUUGAUCCACUUUUCUUGGUUUGCUGUUAUGGUCCUCACUUCGCGGUCCCAUGAUUGCCAUCCUGCUUUGUUUCUUUCUUUUUCCACUGUGCAAUCCCAGGUAGUCUUUGUUCUUCCUCUUCGUUUUCCUUCUUGUGCCCAGGUCACUGCUUUGUUCUUACCUUAGUAUACGUAUGAUCAUCUUCCAUCUGUGAUGCUUCCAUAAACUCUACUCAUCGCAGACUGUUCAACCAUACCAAUCUCAUUGGGGUUCUCCCCAUUUUGCUUGAAAAUCCUGAAUCUCGACCAACAUGCAAUCAGGAUAGCAAAAUCCUGAUUUUGACAUCUGUUGUGAUAAAUUAAAUGCACAAAAACACCAAACAGAGUGUACUCAACUGAAACUGAUUCCUAAAAAACUUAAAUAUAGUACAAACAGGCAAAUACAAUUAGGCAUAAAUAUGAAAAUCAAAUUAGCAAACAUUUUAGAAAGAAAUUGCCCUCUCAGAACACAAGAAUAGUGUUUCAGGGGUAGCAUUCUUCCAGACUCCCCUACCAGCUUGCACCCUUGGCACUCGCGUGACUCGUUGGUUAUUGAAAAAUGUGCCAAUUUUACGUUCCCAAAAGAUUGGACGGUCAGUGUGUCAUUGUUUUUAUGUCUGCUCUUUCAGCUACACUAGCUCCCUUCAGUUUCAUCUGUAUUAACAAUGUUUUUUAACAUUUGAUAUGAUGUAAGGUAAAUCACUGCUGAAUGACCAAGCAUGUUUCAACUGCAAUCAGGGGCAAAAUUGUUGAGACAUUGUCCUCAAAUGGGGUAACUUUGGAGAACAAAACAUUCCACACCCCUCUUCCCUCCCCUCCACUGAAAGUUGAAGUGUUUUUCUACAGGUAGCUCAAACAGUGGGAUAACAUGGCAUGGAGGGGAUAGGGGAGGGAAAAAUUUAUUCUCUCUUUUUUAAGUCAGCAAAAUGUUGGUGUCUCAACUAAUUUUGUCAUCAAUUGUUGCUAGUUAAUAUUUUGAGCUGUUGAUCUAUUACUGAUGUUUCUAUUUGUCCCUUGUAGCCCAGUGUCUUCAUACUGUCACUGAAGAUAAUGUGUCAGCUGCUCAGCUUAUUUGUGGCUCAAGCGAUAUGAUGAAGACUCUUGAGAAGUCAUUGAUGGCCGAUGGUUCAUCCAGUGACAUGCUACUGCUCAAAGUCUUAACUGCAGGUAAUACCUGGGGGAUGUAUCGUAUUUCGUCAAAUAAUUGCCCCCUUUGAUGCAAAAUUUAGUGUUUAAUUUAUCGCCUCCCCCUCUAUAAGUUACCCACUAGGGAUACCCAUAGUUGUAAACUUGGAGAAUGAAGCUUAAGUGGAGUCUUAUCAGUGACAGUUCAAGCUCUGUUGCCUAGAACAUUAACAUUGGUCACGGAACCAAAUUUGGACCACUUUAAAUGCCAAAGUGUUCAGUUUAUUUGAUGUGAGUAUUUUUUGAUUUAAAAGGAAAAUAUAACAAAAUAUUUAGGACAUGACUAUCAGUGGGCAAUAUUUUUAAUAAUCGCCUCCCUCGAAUGAUCACCCCUUUUUGGUGCGAAAAAAGAAAUAAUUGCCCCUGGCUAUUAUUCGAGGAAAUACGGUACUCUCUUAUAUGAAAAGAUGCCACUGGACAGGGUAUGGUUUAUGUCCUUUUGAUUCUGUCCUAAACAAGGUUUUUAAUUUUGUGUGAGUCUGUCUUAUUAUUACAAACAGGAUAUUGCCUGCAUGGACUGAUUUGAUUUGCUAAAUGAAAUUUGUUUGUACUCCAACUACUGUUUGGCAUGAAAUUUUGGUGGGAAUUUUUUUUGCGGGAACUAAUUUUUGCCAUUAGGACAGAUUGGUUUUUCUUGCUAGGAAUUAAUUUUUGUGAUUUUUAGAAAGUAACCGGUAUCCAGCAUUGAUAAUAUUUUCGUUUUUAUUGAGUACUCGCAAUAAAAAGACAUGUUUUCAAACAAUAAACCAGUAUUUCGUUGUAUACCGUUUUGUUUCUUUAAUGAAAGAGACAAGUUGUGAUUGAACAGACAUGAUUUCUUAGAACUGUAUUUUUGUGUGAAUUUAAGCUAGAAAAUAUUUACUCUGGAGGAAAUUUUUGUGGGAAAAAUGGUUGCGGUAAUUUUUUUUUCGCGGGAACUUAUUUUUGCAGAUUGCUGGGAAAAUGGCAAAAAUUGCAGAAAUUAGAACCUGCAAAAAUUUUGUGCCACACGGUAUAUACAAAAGAAAUGACUAGAGGGUGAACUUACUCUAUUAUUGGAAUUGUCAAUGAUGGCUUUAAAACAAGACGGAAUGUGUUUUGUCCUUUGUCCUAAGCAGGGUUAAUUUAGGGUGUUGUCGUUAACAGGGUAAUAUUAUUGUAUUUUAUGAUUUUUUUUGUCCUAAACAGGGCCAGGGCUUCAAACCCUCUGCAGCUCAUCUUUUCCCAAAUAUUGGUUGAGUGAAAACCACGCAAAGUUGAUCCAAAAAUAACAAUGAAAAUGAAAAAGUAAAAGUCACAACUGCUGUGUCUUUUUUAGAGCUGUACAUGCCCAUUGCAUUUGAAUCAGGAGGCCGCAAAGUGUUUGACUUAUAAAAGGGGAUUUGGGCAGUUUUGGCUCGUUGUAGCCAUCUACAGUGACCAGAAAUGAGUUUGACUACUUUAAUUUCAAAGGGUGAUUUUUGGCAAAAUUUGGUUGCAGUCAAUUUUAAUCCUUUAACUCCUUAUUAAAGCUGGUAUAUAGGUAUCCAACUCCUUGAUUUGCCUCCUUGCCUCCAGUGAGUUUAGGAUGUUGUAAUUCAAAAUAUUUUUUUGUUUCAUCAUCUUUAAAAAACCCUCAAGGAAGAGGAUAGAUACUGUUAUUUGCACUGAGUAAUGUUCUAUACAAAUUAACAGAAAGGUUGUUAAAGUGAUCCUGCUUUCUCAGAAAAGAUUUUUCUUUGUUGUCAGGUGUGUUGUAUAACAUCCGUUACACUAUACCAGUGUGCAGUUUUAAUGAGCUUCUUCAAGCUGUUGUUGGGGUCUUGGCUCAAGUGCUCGAUGUCAACUGCUUUGAUGUUAUCGGUAAAUUACUUCCAGAACCAACUAAGGUAUGUGCAGUAAAUGAUAAUAAUAUUAUUUUGAUGAACAGUUAAUGAAUUAAGUUAUUGAAUUAAGUUUUGAUACAUUUUGUAUUCUGUACAGCCCCCAAAAUGAUCCCCCGAAAUGAUUCCUACCCUGAAAUGAUCCCCAAUUCCACCCCGAAAUGAUACUGUCCUUGAAAUGAUCCUUAUUCUCUUCAUGUCAACCCCGAAAUGAUCCCCAAUUAAUAUUAGGCAUGAAAUGAUAUCCAAGAACUAAGGAUCAAGCAAAAUGCACAACAUUAAUUGAAGUUUCACUGACAAUCUUACUCAAUUUCCUGAUGGAUUCCAUCUUAAAAUGUGUCAGGUCAUUGUGCUGAUUGUUAUGUGAAAUCUUUUAAGUGUGCCUCGCAAAAAAUGAAGAAAAGAGGUCCUGUGUUCCAUGUGACUGUGUUAAUAUGGCCCUUUAACAUCCUGUAUGUAGUAUAAUAAUAUUAUGUUUUAAUGGUGUGUAGAAUGCAGGAAAACGCUAGUGUCCUCUUUUUAUAGUGGUAGUCAGGGUUCUGUGCUAGAAAUUCAUAAUUAAAUUAGAGCUGGGUGUCUCUGAUCUCACCUAAUUGUCCAUUAUCUUGCUACAAUCCAUAAUAAACAGAGAAGUGGUUUUUGUAAAUUGAAUAAGAGCAUUUUGUUUUUUAUAACGCUUUACUACACAAUCUUUCAGUGAUUCCUGCUUUGUACAUUACAGAUUAAAGAAGUGCAGAUGCUUUUGAAUGCCCAGCAACUGGCUUUAGAAAUUCUGUCAAACAUGUGCUGCCCUGAUGGUGAGAAAAAAUAAAUUUCUUUCAAAUGUAUUUUAUAAUUUUUUAUAAAUUUUAUGUUAACUAUUUUAAAUGUCAACAUUAUUUCUCUCAUGCUUGUUGAUAUCAAACAUUAUUAUACAACUUUGAUGUACUCUUUCAUCAAUUAAGAAAAAAUGAACAAUAAAGGAGGCCUGAUCAUCAGGCCAAUUUCUUCAUUUAACUAUAAAAUAGGACAAAAUAUUUUAUUCCAUUACCAAUAUAUAUCUCUUGAGAAGACAGAAGUUAUAACUUGCUAAAGUCACUCUAAAUUAUUUGUCCACUUGCAACUGGAAUUUCGUAGUUCGUUUUGGUAGGGUUUGUUACUGUUGUUAGAUCUAUGACCUUGAAAUUGUCAAUGGCUCAAGGUCAACCAGUGUUUUGAUUUAUUAAUUUUAAACAAGUACUUAACUAUGUUUGUGGAUGGUCACACUCAUUGUCAUUGCUGAACACAGCAAAGAAAGAUGUCUGGCAAAAAACUACCCUGGGAAGUGAUUAUCUACUACUCACAAACUUGGUUUGAGUGCUGUCUUGUAUUCUCCAAUUAUAAUAAAAGUAAUCAUAACUAUAACAAAAUUCUCAAAUCUGAUUGGUUAUCAACAUGAUCAACUGCCCUGAUUUCAGCCUUAAUAGGACAGUUUAAGAGGACAGUACGCAUCAGGCCUAAGUAAUUGGACAGUAGGUGCCAUCAGGCGCAUGCUUAAAUGGCUUUUUUUUUUCAUUGCCAGCCAAAAAAUCUUGGAAUUUCUUGUGUUUUGAUUUUAAAAAGAGCCUUUUGUUAAAGGGAACCUCCACUCUUACUACAGAAUAAGUUUAAAUCGAAUAAAAUUAUGUUGAUAAACAAAUUUGUUGGAAAUUUGUCUUAAAAAAAAUGUUUAUAUCAGGAAAAGUGAAUUUUAAAAUCGCUUAUUUUCACUUUCAAAUUUCGCGGGCGCCGCCAUCUUGACUAAUUGUGACGUGUUACGGUUGCUCUAUUGUUCUGACACAAAGAGCUUUUGUUUAAUAACAAUAGGGCAACCAUUACACGUCACAAUUAUUCAAGAUGGCGACGCCCGCAAAAUUUGAAAACAAAAAUAGGCGAAUCUAAAAGUUAAUUCUUUCGGAUACAAACGCUUUCUUUAAAAAUAUUUUAGAUUGACUUGACUGUAACAGUUAUUUCCUGUGAUUUAAAGUUAUCUUUUUGUUGAAGUGGAGGUUCCCUUUAAAGUUAUGAUUAAUUUGUAACAGGAAUGAGUGGAGUCCAAUUCAGUCUGUAAUCACACUCGUGAUUAAACAAAUCAGACUCCCCAGAUGCGGUCGUCCGAUUUUGUUAAUCACUCGUUACUAUGAUUACAGACCGAAUUGGACUCCACUCAGUCCUGUUACCAUUACUAAUUUGAAGGUCCUUAUUGUCAUCGUCAUGCCAGCAAAUGAAUGUAAGGGGUAAUGUUUAUCCAUGUAUCUUUGCCAUCCAUGACAUUGACUAAUGUCUGAUGUUCUAGGCCAUUGUGAGGAAUGCUAAACUCAUAGCCGUCUGGACAAACCGCUUUAGUGUACACUCCUGUAGCAUUACUUAUCACCCAGUCAUUGGCUGUCAUAGUAGACUGACAGGCAAAUGGGUGGGCCUGUUGACAGUCCCCUACAUACCACCGCUCUGUCUUGCCAUUUAAGAACACACAUGACUGUUCUGUUAGAGCUUUGGAAGGUUCACCUUCAGCCCAUGUGAAUAUGGCAGUGGCCAGUAAUACAGGAUUGACUUGAUCCGCGGCAGGAUAUGUCACCCCACACUUCAUAAACUGGGAAAAAUCAAGAAUAACACCGGUUUCUUUUGGGCCAUCCCAAAAAAAGAUAUAUUCUGUGCUGUCACAGUAGACUCUUGAUGGUGUGUUUUGUUUGAAUGCUGAACAGUUAGCAUGACUGACAAAUUUAUUCCUUGUCAGCUCAUGCCAGUAUAGGUCAAAGAUAAAUUCCCCACCGUGAUUGUCACCACCUGCAGCUAUGACAACGCUCUUUUGAAGUUUCCGCAAUUCUCUUGCUGUAGGCCAUCUUCCUGGGAAGUACUUUGCAGAUUCAUUGGGUGUGAGUACUUUGUCACCCAGAUACUCUGCAAUGGGACCAUUUAUUAAGUCAUCGUGUCCAAAGGUGUGGGUAGCCCCAUCUUCAAAGUACAAGCGCACAAUCUCGUGCAUGUUUUCUGGUUUGUGUACCCAUUCACCUAUUUCUUUUAUGCCGUCCUCAAAUUUUCUGUCCCAGGGCGCACAUCCACGAUAAGGCUUGUCAUCAUCAUGGCUCAUUAACAUCUUGUCAAAACACCACCAAGGGUCAAUUUCAAUGCCCCGUACACCCAUGUCAAGUAGGUCGGUAAAAGUAAACUCCUGAUUGGCCAGGUCCAGGCAAGUAUGUUUAUAGGGUGGCGGCCAGGGACAGUCGUCCGGUAUUCCAUACCCAUCAGCUCGGUCAUUGAAAGCAUUGUGAGCAGACACCAUUUGUAUCUGGUCAAAAGGUGUGUCAAGUUGAAUCUCUCUCUGUGUUUUAAGUGCAAAAGCUAGCCAUGCUGAAAUCUCUGCUGUUCCUCUGUCACAUCUGCCGAGGUAACCACAUGUACAGUUAGCGCGACUGCUUAGCUCAUCGCAUUUUUCCUCCAGAACUUCACUAAAUUUGAAUUCUCCGAAUCUGAACUCAGAUGAGUCAAAUUCUUUCUUUUCCAGCGAACUAGUAUGAGGGAUCACGACAUCAAAGAACGCUUCUUUAAGUGACUUCCCGUCUUCCAAAACCACAUGAUACCUGAAGGCUGUGUUAUUAUGAAGUUCUUUCAGCCCGAUAAUUUGCCGCAGUCGAUAAGGCCUUUGUGUUUUGAUGCUAUGUCUGUCUACAGCAAACUCGGCAGCUUUCGCCAGAGCAUACAAUACUCUCGGGCGGUCGAGAAACUUUUUCAAUGGACUCGAUAUUGUCGGCCUCUCGAAGUAAUCAACGUAUUCGAGUAUUUUGGGUUCAAGAGAUUCUCUACUCGAAGCUUUCUUAUAAUAUGGCGACGCAUAGGAUUCACUAAUGAAGAAGAAAGAUACUGUGGACAAAAUUAAAGCUGCUGUACAUGGCAAGACCUCUUGAUGGCCGACUGUAUGCGUCGCCAUUUUUUUAUGUUUCCUUGUGAGAAUCUUGUGACUAGUUUUAUAUCUGGACCCAGUCUCCCAGACAUCACGCCACGCUGUCACGCGAUGCUUCACGUAAGAAAAACCAUGUUUCUUGGUGAGGGGGACAUGAGGGUUUACGGUAUUGCGGUAUUGAGCUUUUUUUCAGGCGGUAUCUCGGAAAUUUUGAUUUUAAUGUGCGGUAUUGCUGUAUCAUCCAGCCCUGCGGCAUGCGGUUUUUCAUCCUUCUGGGUAACGGUAUUUGGUAAAAGAAGAUCCUCCACGGUAUUGCGUUACCGUCAUUUGGUCUCUCCUGUCUAAUGUAGGUCAAUAUUUGGAAGACUUUGGACUUAACGGUAAAUGAAUACACAAUUUCGGACAGUUACUCUGUGAUCAGGAAAUUGGUAGGACAUCCAAUGACCUGGCUUUUCGAUUGUUGUACCGUUCAAUUCGAGAUCUUCUCACGUUUUCUCGCGAAGUCUGAGGUUGAUUUCUGGUGUAUACAUGCUUGAGAUAAAGCGCGCGAGAUGGAUACAACGUUAAGUAAGCGUGACUGAUCAUAAAUGCGGUAUCGGUAUUUUGCUAUUUGCCAAUAUUUCUUGCGGUAUUGGGUAGCCCCCAAUGUCCCCCUCCUUGGUCCCUUAAUGAGGAGACUUUUUAAUUUUCGUAUAAUUCAUAAUUUGCUUUAAAACAUUGUUUAACAAACACAGGAAAAUAAGGAAAUUUCCCUGGUCACUGUAUUAAGCAACUAAGUUCCAAAAAAGAGGAGACGUUGAUACGUCACGUUGGUAUGGUUGCAAAAUUUCCGGGUGAGAACAAACCGGAAGUGUCACUUUUUUAGAAGAGAGAAUUCGCAACACAAGGGGCCACACAAAUUGUGUUACCGUUGUAAGUUUUGAAUUUGGAGGAAAUGUAUGGUUUCAUCGAAAAGGUUCAUGUUAUCGAAAUGUUAGUGGCGGAUCUAGGGGAGGGGCCCGGGGGGCCCGGGGGGCCCGCCCCCUUAUCCCAGGGUCUGGAUGACCGCCCCCCGCUUAUCUCAAGGUGUGGAGCCGGCUCUGAAUAUAAUACUAAACUACACAUCUUUUUACCUAAAAUGUUGCGUAUUGUCGUUCUUGCAGCUGCAAACAGCGAAUUGUGGCGAUUUGAAGGGUUUUACAUUCAACAUUUACCUGAGCGUAUAUCAGAGAGACUUUUUUAGUCUUAUAUAUAAGAAUUCAUCGUAUUAUUAUGAUAAUAAGAGCAUUUUCCAUAUCACCAUACAUUUCCUCUUAAUUCAAACAUCAUAACGGCCGCACCGUUUGUGUGGGCCCCCUGGUUCGCACUGUUUCAAACUUUAACGAUCGUAUUCAACUUCAUUUAAUUUGUCAAAUGUUAAUUUUGGCGAAAUUUUCUGGGGUUGAAUCCGAAAGGACCAUAUCUAUGUUUAGAAAAAAAAAAGAAAAUUUUUAUUUUGUGCUCCCGUACUAAACGAGGAAGUUCAUAUCGCAGUCAUGCGACGACGACUAGGAAAUGUAUAAAAAGGCGUGACGCACGUGCGAAUUGUUCGGUUUUGCGCGUAUAAACCUAUUGCUUUUUUUGCCAUUCUCGUUGCCGUCGCCGUUGUGGUUUCUUAAGCUCCCUAUUGAUGUGAUCCAGAAAUUUUGCUACCAUGCCAACGUGACGUCACUUCUCAUCUCUACUGAGGGCAGUAUUUACUGUCGCCUACUGGAGAGAGGCCGCGAUUUCCACAUAUCCUCGUAGUUAUCCCGGAGCCACGCGGAGGUCUUGUCGCUUGGCAGGCAAAGGCAGCACCCUUGUCUAACCCUAAAUCCUGCCACGCUGAGGGUCAUUUUUCUACAGUUGACUCGCGGUUUAUUCAACCUUUUGUUCUUUGGAGUUAAAAGGUUAACAUAGCGAACUGAUUUUCUGCAGAUUCUAAUGAGGACGAGUGGGAAGACGAAGAUGACUGCAUCAGUUUGGACUCAGUAGAUGAAGAAACUGAAGAAGAAACCGCUCUUGAUAUUGAAAUGGUGAGACUCUCUCUAAAAAGGCUACCACAUUUUGCAUCCCCCAAACAUUUCUCCGUGUUGUAUCUAAAAAUUGUCACGUUUAAAAAGUUUCUAAGUUUUCUCAGGCAGUUAACCCGAGGGUCAAUUGGACUUUGUAUUUGUCAAUGAUCGUUAAGUAAUCAUUGUGUUUGUUCUCAGAAUCCAGAAAGUUUGUCUGCGGAAAUGAUUAACGCGAUUGUCACUCAAGGGGUUCCCAAAAGGGUAGGUAAACGUAUGAUUAUUUGACUUUUCGAGCAAUCAGCAGACGUCUUUACAGUCAUUUCGCCCCGGAUACUUAACCCUCUAGUUUAGAACGUGGAAUAUUAUAUUUUGAUUCGCGCUUGUUUUGCCGUAUUGCUUAUAGAGCGAGAAAUAUUAUAUUUGGAGUGCGCUAAAUGACUCGAAAAUAGGAGGCAUAGUAACCGGGGCGAAAUGACUUGGGGGCGAAAUGACCGGUUACCAGCAGACGCACGAGACUUACGCGCAAGCGUUUUCCCGCGUUUGUGACUGGCUGCAAAUAUUUGCCUCGAAUACUGAUUGGUCCAUUGGUUUGACAGGGUUUGUUUUGAUUUAACUACAGUACUGUUAAACUUCCUUAUACGGACAUCAAAGGGACACCCGCAAGAGUCGUCGUUACUGAAUUGUCCGGGGUAAACAUGUGGACAUUCCACGAGGCUUGGUUUCUUGUGUGUCUUAAUUUAUACUACUACAUGAGAAAUUUCUGCAAUUUGAUUGGCUUAGAGCAGUGGUAUUUCAGCUUAAUUUGGAAUACCUACCUAUGAAAAUUACAAAACCUUUGGGGGUAGUAGUAUAAACAAAUAAUAGAAUUAUUUGUAGGUGAUAUUUGGCAUAAAUACCACUCGUGACAUGUCAAAAUUGUCUCAAAUUUCACUCGCCUAACGGCUCGUGAAAUUAUGUGUAACAAUUUCGAAAUAUCACUCGUGGUAUUUGUGCCAAAUGUCACUACAAAUCAUGCUAUUACUUAUACAAAUAUUUUAAUGGAAAUGUCAGUAAGGAAAGGUUCAACUAUUGAAGCCUUGAUUUUGUCAGUUAGGUCAUACCCAUCACUUCUAAAAGUAGCUAAGGUCAAACAACAGCAAAAUUUCCCACAUCAUUUUGUUGAAAGCCAAGGGCGUAGCCAGCUUUUCGACUAAUUGUAGGUCUGGCUGACUUUCAUUUCCGCAUAUCCUGAAAAUUGCACGCAUGAUUAGUACGCACUGAGCUCACCGACACUAUGAGCUCUUAAGCUUUUUAGCUCACCCCAACAGCGCAUGAUUUAUUGCAAGCGGUAGAGUGAUCAAAGCAAAAAAUUUGUAGGCCCAGGCCUACAGGUCUAUGGACUGGCUCCUACGCCCCAGGAAGCAGAAAUAUAUAGUGCCAUGCGGAAGUACUGCUAAUUAAAAGUACGUUCAUUUGAAUGGUCACACCGUAGGAUUUAGUGAUAGAACCUUAUCAUUCACCCUGGCAGUGAAAGAGUUGAGGUGUAAAUAUUCUGUACUUUCUACAGUCAGUCAGUCAGUCGCAAUACUUAAAGGACUCUUGUCUCUCUGACCAGGUGCUUUGCAAAAGCAAUUUUGGCGAAGCAAGCAUUUACGAGGCCUUGAAAGCAAAUCAGGAAGGAAAGAAGCUGCUAGAAGUGUAAGACUAUCGGCUUGUUGAGUUUGCAAACACUUUUUUUGUGGGUUGUCUGAUGAUGUAACGCAACCUCGUCCCCAGGGGUUGACGAGAUUGGACCGAAGAGCCCGAAAAAAAAAAUCUCUGACAAGAUACAAGAGAGCUUUAGAUUCUAAGACGAGGACGACUACGAGUACGAGAUUUUCCCAAUACUAAUGCACCUAUCAAUGGUUUGCCCCAGGAUGGGGGGUGGGGAGGGGGGGCAACCCACGGGAAAUUUGACAUUUUCAGGUGUUCAAAUGUCAAUUUCCCCACCCUUGGGUCUCCAUUUUGAGUCAAAUUCCCAUCCCUGGGGCGAUCUAAUAGACACUCACAACAGUCUUUAUUGCAGCACUGCGUCUCCAGAGAGUAUUUUUUUUCUUGGUGACAAAAUAAUGGUACCCAAAAACUUUGUGCAUUUCCCCAAGUGUAGAAGAUAUAUUCUAGCUGGAUAUUUAGCGGGGCUGGCAAUUUAACACACAUUUUAUAGUCUCGAAAGUACCUUUGACUUGUUUCACACGGUAUUCACAGCAAUGCAAAAUAUACAAUACCAGAACAUGUCAUCAUCAAGAAGGGUUAUGUCUAAUAUAAGGACUGGUGUUUGUAACUGUGGUCCAGUAUGAUUUUUUGAUCUUUGAAUUAUAUAAAAAACUUGUGGCAGGGCAGCAUCUGGUGAAAACAUGUAAGUAGAAAGCAUAUUUUCUAUAAUGGGACUUCGUGCAAGUAUUGCUUCUCAAUGUCGAGGGACAAAAUGCUUUUUGUCAUAGAACUUCCAAACCUGAAAAAGCAACAAGAUACUCCUAACUUUGGUUCUGCCUUCCUUCACAAAGAAAUGAAUACAUCAAAAGGUGGGAAACUCAUUCUAAUGGCUACUAGGUAUUUUCUAAAAAUUCGGAAAAUUAAAAUUACUCAAUUUCCUGAUGGAUUGCAUCGCAAUUUAUCUUAAAACGUACUAUGUUUGUGGAUGGUCACACUCAUUGUCAUUACUGAACACAGCAAAGAAAGACUUCAGGCAAAAUGCUGCCCUGAGAAAUGAUUACAGCUGCAGCUCACAAACUUGGUUUGAGUGCUGUCUUGUAUUCUCCAAUAAUAAAAGUAAUUAGAAGGUCCUUAUUGUCAUCAUCAUUGCAGUAAAUGAAUGUAAGGGGUAAUGUUUAUCCAUGUAUCUUUGCCAUCCAUGACAUUAACUAAUGUCUGAUGUUCUAGGCCAUUGUGAGGAAUGCUAAACUCAUAGCCGCCUGGACAAACCGCUUUAGUGUACACUCCUGUAGCAUUACUUAUCACCCAGUCAUUGGCUGUCAUAGUAGACUGACAGGCAAACCGGUGGGCCUGUUGACAGUUCCCUACAUACCACCGCUCUGUCUUGCCAUUUAAGAACACACAUGACUGUUCUGUUAGAGCCUUGGAAGGUUCACCUUCAGCCCAUGUGAAUACGGCAGUAGCCAGUAAUACAGGAUUGACUUGAUCCGCGGCAGGAUAUGUCACCCCACACUUCAUAAACUGGGAAAAAUCAAGAAUAACACCAGUUUCUUUUGGGCCAUCCCAAAAAAAGAUAUAUUCUGUGCUGUCACAGUAGACUCUUGAUGGUGUGUUUUGUUUGAUUGCUGAACAGUUAGCAUGACUGACAAAUUCAUUCCUUGUCAGCCCAUUCCAGUAUAGGUCAAAGAUAAAUUCCCCACCAUGAUUGUCACCACCUGCAGCUAUGACAACGCUCUUUUGAAGUUUCCGCAAUUCUCUUGUUGUCGGCCAUCUUCCUGGGAAGUACUUUGCAGAUUCAUUGGGUGUGAGUACUUUGUCACCUAGAUACUCUGCAAUGGGGCCAUUUAUUAAGUCAUCGUGUCCAAAGGUGUGGGUAGCCCCAUCUUCAAAGUACAAACGCACAAUCUCGUGCAUGUUUUCUGGUCUGUGUACCCAUUCACCUAUUUCUUUUAUGCCGUCCUCAAACUUUCUGUCCCAGGGUGCACAUCCACGAUAAGGCUUGCCAUCAUCAUGGCUCAUUAGCAUCUUGUCAAAACACCACCAAGGGUCAAUUUCCAUGCCCCUUACACCCAUGUCAAGUAGGUCGGUAAAAGUAAACUCCUGAUUGGCCAGGUCCAGGCAAGUAUGUUUAUAGGGUGGCGGCCAGGGACAGUCGUCCAGUAUUCCAUACCCAUCAGCUCGGUCAUUGAAAGCAUUGUGAGCAGACACCAUUUGUAUCUGGUCGAAAGGUGUGUCAAGUUGAAUCUCUCUCUGCGUUUUAAGUGCAAAAGCUAGCCAUGCUGAAAUCUUUGCUGUUCCUCUGUCACAUCUGCCGAGGUAACCACAUGUACAGUUAGCGCGACUGCUUAGCUCAUCACAUUUUUCCUCCAGAACUUCACUGUAUUCGAAUUCUCCGAAUCUGAACUCAGAUGAGUCAAAGUCUUUCUUUUCCAGCGAACUAUGAGGGAUUACGACAUCAAAGAACGCUUCUUUAAGUGACUUCCCGUCUUCCAAAACCACAUGAAACCAGAAGGCAGUGUUAUUAUGAAGUUCUCUCAACCCGACAAUUUGCCGUAGUCGAUAAGGUCUUUGUGUUUUGAUGCUUUGUCUGUCGACGGCAAACUCGGCAGCGUUCGCUAGAGUAUACAGUACUCUCGGGCGGUCGAGAAACUUUUUCAAUGGACUCGAUAUUGUCGGCCUCUCGAAGUAAUCAACGUAUUCGAGUAUUUUGGAUUCGAGCGUUUCUCUGCCCGAAGCUUGCUUAUAAUAUGGCGACCCAUCGGAUUCGCUAAUGAAGAGGAAAGAUACUGUGGACAAAAUUAAGACCGCUAUACAUGGAAGGAGCUCUUGGUGGCCGACUGUAUGCGUCGCCAUUUUUUUGUUAUGAUUUCUUGUGAGAUUCGUCUGACUAAUUUUAUGUCUCGACCCAUCACGCCACUUGGACAUCACGCCACGCUAUCACGUGAUGCUUCACUUGAAAGAAAAAAAAAAACGUUUGAGGACACUUUGUAAUUGUUGUAGAAUUCUUAAUUAGCUUUAACACACUUUUUAACAGGCACGGACAAAUAAGCAAAUUUCUAUGGUCACUGUAUUUAGUAAGUAAGUGCUAAUAGAGAGGAGAAGUCGUUUACGUCACGUUGCUUUGGUAGCAAAAUUUCCGGGUGAGAACAAACCGAAAAUGUCACUUUAAAAAAGUGAACUCGGACCACAGGGAACCCACACAAAUUGUGUUACCGUUGUAAUGUUGAAUAUUUAGAGGAAAUGUAUGGUGACAUCGAAAAGGUUCAUAUUAUCGAAAUAUAAUACGAUGAACUCUUAUACAUAAGACCGGUUUUCAACCCGUUAUGAGUUUCUGAUAAGACCAAACUGAACAUCUUUUUACGUGUUACUGAAAUGUUGCGUAUUACCGUUCUUGCAUCUGAAAACGACGAAUUAUAGCGAUGUAAAGGGUUUGACAUUUGAUAUUCACCUGAGCGUCUCGUAGAGAGACCUUUUUGGUCUUAUAUAUAAGAAUUCAUCGUAUUAUAUUAUGAUAAUAAAAAUCUUUUCGAUAUCACGAUACAUUCCUCAUGGGCACCCAACGUCAAUUUUUGGAAAAUAUCUGUUCGGAAGACGAUUAGAAUUUUAGAAUUUUUGGAACAUUUGUUGUAAAAUUUCUUGGUUGCCUGCCUCUCCUAGAGUUUUCGAACAUCUAAAAAAUGGUAUAAUUGCCCAUUUUUAACGGAUUUUUACCCUAAAAAGGUCACCUAGAAUUUUCGGGAGCCUUUUUUCUGGCUGAAAUUUUCGAGAAGGUAAGUUUUGAUCCCUAUUAUUUUCGGAUCACCAGACUUUCAGCUAAGAAAUCCGAACAAAUGAAAAAUUUUGGGGGGACAAAAAUAUGCCUAUAUCUAUCGUUUAAAUACUAAAAUACGUUCUACAAUGCUAUAUUUAAGUGGUUUUGAACUAUAGUCUCGUUGGGUGCCCCUGAUUUCCUCAAAAUCCAAACAUCACAACGGUCACACAGUUUGUGUGGGCCCCCUGGGCUCGCACGGUUUCGACAUUGUUUCAAACUUUAUCGAUCUUAUUCUAUUUCAUUUAAUUUGUCGUAUUGUUGGCGAAAUUUUCUGGGGUUGAACCCGAAAGCACCGUAUCUAAGUUUAGAAAAAGAAAAAGAAAAAGACCAUUUUUUGAUGCGCUCACGUACUCCAUAAAGCGGGCGCGUGAAAUUAGGAAGUUUCAUCUCGCAGACAUAUUUUCAAAUGAGACUCAAUGUUUAGGGACAAAAUACUUUUUUUGUCAUAAAACUUCAAAAACUUAAAAAGCAACAAGAUACUACUAACUUUGGUUCUGCCAUCCUUCACAAAGAAAUGAAUACAUCAAAAUGUAGGAAACUCAUCCUAAUGACUACUGGGUAUUUUCUAAGAUGGCGGACUUCUUAUCACUCAUUCCCUGGUCCUCCACUUUCCAAGAUGGCGGCUGAGUCAAAUGUCCCACCCCUGGGACGUUCAGGAUGUCAAAUUCCUUACCCACGUACGCUUCAAUUCCCGUGGGUUGCCCCCGCCCCCUCCCCCAUCCUGGGGCAACCAUUGAUAGGUGCAUAGGUACGGAGCGCGCGUGAACCAGCAUCAUUUUGGCGGGAAAACAGUAUAGCCGUCGUCAUUCCACUACGGGUUUUAUCAUUUUGUGUUUGGGAGAGGGCUUAACUUCAGAGAUGCCUCUGGAGAUUUAAAAUCGGGAGACUGUCUUUUUUCACUACCCCCCCGGAAUUUCAAUGGCCCCCCUGAAAAAUUAACCCAGCCCCCAAUGGGAAUGACUUAGGACAUUCUAUGAAGUCUUAAAUGAUGUACAUACUAUCAAAAUUCGAAAUCAUCGUUUUGAUGCUAGAAAUAAUCUUUGUCAAUGACUAAAUACAUGCAAAAAUGCCCCAGAAACCGUACUGCGAAUAAGAAAAAUUCAAGUUUUGAGCUAAAAAUGGGCUAAAUCUCAAACUAAGUCUGUUUUAUUUUUUACUAAGUAUUCAAUAUUUAUAGUGGAGGUAAAAAGCAGGAGAUUUAUGUACCAAAGCGGGAGAGCGGGAGACGAGGCAAAAAAGCGUAAGUCUCCCGCCAAAAGCGGGAGAGUUGGCAUCACUGUAACUUCCUUCAAUAAAAAUAACCGCGCUAACUUUAAUGGUGAAAAAAAAUAACAAUAAAGCUUUCUGGGGUGAUGAUAUUUUUUGAGAAUACUCGAAAAACUUUGUCCUCUAGUGGUCAUCGUAAACGAAUCGACAGGUGUUGGGUCAGUUCAUAGGACUGACUGUGUGAAUUGUCAUGGCUAAGAUUACUUAGUCUUGCCGCACUCAAAAUCAGUAUAAAUCUUUGCUUUUAGUUUAAGUACGGUACAAGCGAGAGCACUGAUCUGUCUCAACAAUAUAGUGACAGCCUUAGACGCUGAUCUACUAGGAGGAGAGGUGGCGCUUGGACAGUUGUGGUGUUCGCUGUUCACUCUAACUUUUGCCGCUGAAAGUAAGUGGAGAUGUUUUGUACUAAUUCUUUAAAACGAACCCUUCCACGUUUUUUUUAACGUUUGGUGGGGGCCAGUUAGGGAAUAUUCAUCGAUACUGCCAAAAAGAGUUCCUUAACCCUUUCACUGCCAAAUUUAGCCAAAAGCAAAUUUCGACCAAAUUUUCAAAUUUCAUUUUGUUGAAAUUUUGAAUAAGUGUAAGUAAAGGCAGAGAGCUUUCAUUUAAAUGGUCACAUCAUAGGAUUUCGUCCACAGACUAAAAAGUUAGAGUCACCUCAGAAAACUCCAUCAAGUAUUGUGGCAGUGAAAGGGUUAACUGAAAUUAGUAAACUGAUCAAGUUUGAAGGUAAUACAUUUAAAUUGAGCGAAGGUAUUCCUCAGCAAAGUCGCGCAGCCGUUACAGACGUUUGAAAAAUUUCGAAAAUUUGCUAAGUCACAUCUUCGUCAGUUUUCAACAAAUCACCCUCAACCUCGGCUUUAUUACUAGUUUUUUAAGGUCCUUUUUAUAGCGGUGUCGACAAGUUUUCGCUAACAGGUUCACAACAAAAGUUGAAAAAACCGUGGAUGGGUCUAUUGAAGAGCGAAGUUAACUUUACCGUUACGCUCACUGAUUGGCUCAAAGAAUCACGCGCCAUUUCCUCAACCAAUGAUAUGGCGUACAUUUGCGGACAAAAAUAAUUGAAAAUAAAAUACAAUUUGAAGUUCAAAAAUUAGACUAUCCAUGUCGAAAUCUCGUCAUAUAAAUUUGAAAUCGCAACGAACGCAGUCGAAAUAGCAUCAUUCGAACUUGAAGUUACUACUUUGAACAAGUUGAAACUAUAAAGGGAAAACUCGACAUCGCGGAUGUUGAAGUUCAAAUCACCAUUUCAACUAAAAUGUAAAUUACAUGAUUUGAACUUCAAUUCACCUUCUCCACUCUAAUAAGCUACUUAAUCGUCAACAAUGCAACCAUAAUCUCCCACAAAAUUCCAAAUGAAACCUUUAAUUUGAACUUAAAGUCACGUCACAUAUUCGAAUUCGAAAAACCAAAAUUUCAAUUCGAAAGGAAGCGGAAGUAAAAAUAUACAGGAACCGGAAAUGAUAAGAGUUUCGCUACACUUUACAUACGGGAUGUUUGUAUAACUGCAUUUUGGCGCGAAAAGAUUUUCCCUUCACUCGAAUAAGGGUGACUCAAGGACAAUCCAAGAGAUUGUGAGGAGCUGUCGUGGCAAACUUAAGAGUGGUUUUCUGUAAAAUUUGAACUUCGGCCUGACACGGUACCUCGUCGAUUUGGCUGAUUUUUGGCAUGUAGUCUUAGAAUGGUUUCCUAAAUACUGAAUGCAUAUGCUAAGGUUUGAAUUCUCUUUGGUUCCAAACAUACAAGAAUGACAGUUUUGACAAGGCCUCGAGGGGCCGCCAUGUUGGUGAACUGAAGGACGUUUACGAUAAUUAAUUCUAGCUUUAUCAUUAAAAUAACGUAAUCGUGACUCAUACAGUGGCAAAGAAUUAUACUUCCUCCUUUCAUUUAUCUACUUUUAUCCGAAAAUAGUUUAGCCAUUAUAACGGUUAUAACUUCUCACAGCACUUUUACGGUACUUAAAGGGACAGUGUCCCGAUUAUGCGCACGCGCGGGCGUCAUCUGUUUUUUCUUUAAAAGACAAUAGAACUGUCAAAUUGACUCGACGAGAUUUCCUUCCGGACCGCACCGCCGACAGAGAUUUGUUGUUUAUAUUCUCAAGUAAUAUUUUAGACUUUCGAAGACGUCUUUCGUCUUAUAUAAAAAUUUGGCUCGCGGUUCGAAGACUCAUCGCGAUUUUAUCGCUAGCUGGGCCGCCUCGCGACCCGAAAAUCUCGUUCCGCUCGCUUUAAAAACAUAUUUUCUAAUUUGAAACUCGUGUCAGAGGUCAAUCGCUCCAAGUCCAUUAAUAUUUGCCUGAUUUGCUCGCGUUCUAGCCUCAAACGUUUGAAAGACAUAAAUAAAAAUGCAAUCUCAACGCUAUGAAUCAUCACAAAGGUUAGUCAAGAAUGAUAUUAUGAUUCAUGUCACCAGUUUUUCAAAACGUGUAGCGCCUGUUUGGUCGAUUUUGUCGGCCGUACGGAGAUUCAUUUAAAAGUUUACUGACGCGUCGUUGCAAAACAUUCUGCUUCACGAAGCUCCCCUCCACAAGAUCUCCUCAGUCACAUCAAUGUCUCAACGGUUUCUUUCUUACAGUCUUUAUUGUUGCUGUUUCAUUUCUGCGUAUUCCUUUCACAAUUAUCUGAGCUUGUAUGGAAGCUAGCAGAAGAAAUAAGCCUUCAAUCGGCAUCAAAGUGCUUCCAAUCUUUUGGUCCUCCGGCAAACGGCAAUGAAAGUAACGCCAAAAAAUCCAGAUUUUGCCCAAAUCGAAACUUAACAGGAACAAUAUAUCAUUGAUCUAUAAUCCUGAGAAGUUUUAGUGUCGUAUUGAACCCGACCAAGCGCGAUGCAAACGGAUGUUUCAACAUUAUCUUACUCUUCUCGCAUCUUUUGAUUUCGCGACAUCCUGUCCAAAAAUCAAAAUUUGGUGCAUGCGCAGUAACGGGAUACUGUUCCUUUAAAAGGUGCACAAAUUUUGUAGAAAUAGGAAGGCCAGUAUCACCCAUGCCACAUCGAUUUAGAGUAAGCCAUUUUCACUAAACAUAGUUUUUUUAUAGAUAAGUUAGAUUGUUGAAUAAAAUAAUUGGGCAAAUGUAACGGAGCAGACCUGCAAUUGCUUGAUUUGAACAGAUAAAGCUAGAAUUGUCCGCCAUAUUGACCAGAGAGUUCGAUUUCGCGCCAAAAUGCAGUUAUGCAAACAUCCUGUAUGUACAGUGUAGCGAAACUCUUAUCAUUUCCGGUUCCUGUGUAUUUUUACUUCCGCUUCCUUUCGAAUUGAAAUUUUGGUUUUUCGAAUUCGAAUAUGUGACGUGACUUUAAGUUCAAAUUAAAGGUUUCAUUUGGAAUUUUGUGGGAGAUUAUGGUUGCAUUGUUGACGAUUAAGUAGCUUAUUAGAGUGGAGAAGGUGAAUUGAAGUUCAAAUCAUGUAAUCUGCAUUUUAGUUGGAAUGGUGAUUUGAACUUAACAUCCGCGAUGUCGAGUUUUCCCUUUAUAGUUUCAACUUGUUCAAAGUAGUAACUUCAAGUUCGAAUGAUGCUAUUUCGACUGCGUUCAUUGGGAUUUCAAAUUUAUACGACGAGAUUUCGACAUGGAUAGUCUAAUUUUUGAACUUCAAAUUGUAUUAUAUUUUCAAUUAUUUUUGUCCGCAAAUGUACGCCAUACAAUGACGGUAUUGCUCAAACGCUUUUUCCCGGGCUCAGCGAUAGCCACUUGUUUUUGCUUUCAGUUCUUUUAUCUCUACUUUGAUUGUCUGUAUCUUCUUUUUGAAUAUUAAUAGUUACUCUAUUUUGGGCCACAAUUUUUAUUGUAAAACUGCUAUUUCUUUAACCUUAGCCAGAGGAUUUGUGUACCACGAGGAGGAUUUUCUAGAAGCAGCCACUGGAGUUCUACGAUCAGUGAUUGACAAACUGGUUUCUCUGCAAGAGCCUCAAGUAAGUUCCUAAUCGCUUUUUUUUACGUUUUAGGUUUGGCUUGUCUAGGGCUCACUCGCUUUCUAAAGUGUACAUGUAGAUGAAACAAGUCAAUCGCCGUCGAUUUAAUCAACAACUUUUGUCAGCUGUAAAAAGUAACCAGAACAACGCAAUUGUUUGGUUAUCUUCCGGUAAAAAAGGCGAACGUUUUGAAAAGCAACUCUACGUGAACGUCUGGCAGCAUCGAAAUGAUAAUUAACAAUUAUUCCUCGAACCCGAUUAGGCUCUGAGUCUCAUGGGCUAUUGACUCAGAGGCCAUGAGGGCGAGAGGAAUAAUUGUUUUAGUAAAAUCCAACUAGUUGGUCAAAAAUAUCGAGACAAAACAACUUUCGCUAGUUAAAGCUAGACUUUAAUCCUUUUUUGCCGCAAAAAAGCCGGCGCUUUCCGCUACUAGUGGGCUAUAACAUAUAGCCUAGUAGUAGCUCAACCAAUCAGAAUGCAGCAUUGAUAAUAGACCACUAGUUGGAUUUUACUAAUGAUAAAUAGUUCCUCCAAAGUAUUUUUCCUAAAGCUACGGUAAAACAGGUAACAAAAAUGUUACACGUGUUUUGCAACAUUGCUGCAAAACGGGUUGAAAAGUGAUGUUACGUGUUUUACCACCCGCGUUGAAGCUUGUCUUGUAACAAAUCAAGUUGUUGCAUGUUGCGUGAGUACUGACUUCUUAUUGGCUAAAAUUACGCAGCAGUCGCGCAAUACACGGUAGAUACAUCACCUGCUGCACAAUGACUUUUCCUUGGGCCGGUAAAACGCGAAACCCGUACAGGUUUUGUUACAAAAAGCAGAACUAUUCUCUACUUUCUGCGACAACUUGUCACAACCUGGAACAACCUGAUUUGUUGAAGAUAGGUUUAAACUCGCUCGUUUGCAAUACACAUUGAGCAGCUGAUCAUAGGUGAAAGCUGAAUUUGGGUGGUGCUUUUUUUGUAGUGUAUAACAGCUGAACAUGUGACCAUAUUGUGCCGUGUUGCUGUCGAAACCUCAUGUGAAGCAGUGAAAGUCAAGCUGAUAAGCAUUCUGGGAUUCAUCGGCAAGAUGGCCGCCAGAAAAGACAACAGGCUGGAGAUCCUGAAGGUUUGCUUCCCCUUUUAAUUAUCGUUAUUUAGACAACACUAAUGGAGGAUCUUGGAAGAUGAUUAAAUUAGCCCUAGAUCAAGUUUAUGCUAUGUAAGGUAUAAUUUGUGAAUGCUUUUUACUUGUACAUUUAGAGCAACUGAAUAGUUUUCUUGCUUCCAUGGCGAAAACAGCGCAAUUAGGUCGUCCACUGAGUCAAAAGUUAGAGCCAUUUGUCAUGAAUUGUUGACUCUUAGCGAAAAAGGUUCAGGGCGGAUUUCACAAUUUUCUGUCUCUCAUCUUUGGGCUUUGCCGUUUUUUUAGUGCUUUAGUGUUGUUUUUCAUGGGAUCCUAAGAAUCAACCAAGCUUCUCUUUUUAUUAGUCUUUAGGCACUGUCUUCCGUGAUAUUGUGGUCGGUCAAUACAGUCUCUGGGUGAUAUGUGAAGCCUUGGACGCCAUUUUUGAUACUUUCGCCGACGGACCGCUGGUUAACGCUGCUGCAGACUCGAUUGGUCUCAUGAUCAACCUUCAACAGUUGGUACCAAUUCUAAAAGCUAGGGUAAGGAACAGUCACAUACAAGUCAGUUUUCCUUAGUUUGAUCAUAUCGAUUGAGUGGCUAGCGCCGGAAACAUCACCUUCUUAAUUUUUUUUUUUUGAAAAAUAUCCAAUUUCGCGCUUCCCCGAUUUGAGUGUCGUUUUCUUGCAGUUUAGGAAGUGCCGAGGAAUCAGUGUACAAAAUUUUUCGAAAUGUUUUCCCGAUUUAAUCACCUUUACCUAUCAAAUCGUAUCAAAUAAAAUGGUAUUCAACUGAUUUUUGAAUGCAGUUUCGUAAUUUUGUUUUGGUUUUAAUUUUUAUAAAUCUUCAAACACCGAAUUCGUGGGUCGUUGAAAAAGUUAGACUAACUAGGCUUUGUUUUCAAGGAGAAGUACUCUUUUCUAAGAAUCGCAUUUGUUGUUUUUCAGGUAAAAACUGAGAGAAGAACUCUUGGGGAUCAUUAUCCUGUGAUAGAUGCCGCGAGAGUGAACUUAGCGAGGUUUAUAAAAUACAAACAGAAAGGUCAUUAGGAAGUGUAAUGGCAGACCGCUGCGCGUCAAAUGGUCUUCGCCCUCUCAGGAAUCCCGGAGCCUUCAUCUCUUUCAAAAAAUUAGCGGUCACAGCGUAUUAGAUUUUCAGGCUUUUUUGAUUCAUUCAUCUUUUGCGCCACCAUUACAGGUUUCAGCUCAUUAAAGCCGAAUAGGAUUUCCAGCUAUUAAACUACAGUCAUUGACGGCGUUUGGUGUCCUGUGUAGCUAGUUAAACUGAUUCAUCGGUUAGUCGUUGAAGUUUAUGUUAGAGCUUAGAGUCACUAGAAUCUAGUGUGAAGGAGGCAAUUCCAGUCGCGAGGAGUACAGCAUGAAAAGAAUCCUCAAUCGUGGAAGUCUAACGCGCUGGGAUACUUUAGUGGAACCAGAUGGAGGCUCGAAGACGAUGCAGCUUCUGGCCAUUUUUAAACUGGUUAAAUUUGUGUAGACAAAUUGGACCUGUUUAACCUGUUUAAACACGUUUGGACGAGCGAACUGAUGUUAGAAACGCCGACUGACUAUAAUAAUAACAGUUAAAUCCACAAACAUCCGGGUUAUUGAAAUAAUCUUACCCACACCGGAAUAAGUUUCUCAUCUCGAAAAAAUCAAGGGCAUUUCAGUCGAAUUCAAAGUUGUUUAGAUAUCCCUUUUCGUACUUUGAUAAUUCUGGUGAUCAGUAGUCAAAGAAGUCCUCACCAAGUUUUAUGACAGCAAGGACUGAGUGAAUUAUAAACGAAUUUUAAGACUAUCUAUAGCAGCUUUUAUAGACGAAUGGUAUUAUCGGUCAUCGUCUCAUUUUUUUUUACCCUGAUGGGUGAUCAUAUCUUUUAUCCUCUGCUGUCAACGUAGUUAGAUUCUCUCGCUUCACGUGUUUUCUUUUUAAGACACAGAUCGGAGUUCGAAUCAAAGUGUGAAUCAUAGUCAAGACUAAAUUUUUCUGAACAAGUUGUGUCAUUCAUACGGAGAAUGUUCGUCUUCUGUAAUCUCAGUUAUUUGGAACCAGGGGUAUAUUUAUUUCUUCAGGUAAUGUCUAUUUAGCGGUCACCUACCCUGAAUGCCAGAGUCUUUUCAUGCGCGGUUUCCGGUUUCUGCCAUAUCUUUAUACUGUGACCUGUGUCUCUUUUUUACUCCUUCGCCUCACGCUGCUUCGGCCUUCGGCCGACCCGAAUCAUCCCCUCUGCAGUUGAUCGCUUCGCGCGCUAUCAAAAACCUCUGGUGCACAGGGAUGUAGCCACUUGAGGUUGGCUGCUUAAAAGAGGCUGGUCGGGCUGUUUUAAGAACGGCCUGGCGUAAUAGUUAAUCUUCUAGGGUGCCUAGUGUUCUGAGUAUCGAAUUAAGAAAGAGUUUAUCAUUCUGUAAACAGCCUCUGAAAAUAUGAUAACUUAUCUGACACUGUAAAUAUGCAACAAUCGUGCAAUAAAUGAAGUAUACACUU